AUGGCACUGGAGGGCAUGGAGAUCAUUGCCAUUGCUGUCGUUAUUGGUUUGUUUGUCGUCAUACUUAAACAGUUUGGCAUUUGGGAGCCCUUAUCUUUGGAAGACAGUUGUGACAAUGACUUGGUACUGUCCAUGGUCCGUCACCAACCCGAGGGGCUGGAAAAGCUUCAGGCUCAAACUCAGUUUACCAGGAAGGAACUACAGUCACUUUACAGAGGCUUCAAAAAUGAGUGCCCCAGUGGCCUGGUGGAUGAGAAGACUUUUAAGACCAUUUACUCACAGUUCUUCCCUCAAGGGGAUGCAACCACUUAUGCACAUUUCUUGUUCAACGCUUUUGACUUGGACAGAAACGGCUCCAUUAACUUCGAAGAUUUUGUGUUAGGACUAUCUGUGCUGUUAAGAGGCUCUGUCGCAGGGAAACUUCGCUGGGCGUUCAGUUUAUACGACAUCAACAAGGACGGCUACAUCACGAAAGAGGAAAUGCUGGCCAUCAUGACGUCAGUUUACGACAUGAUGGGCAGAUACACCUCACCCAGUGUGCAAGAUGACGCCCCCCUUGAGCAUGUUGAUAAAUUCUUCCAGAAAAUGGAUCGAGAUGGAGAUGGAGUGGUGACUGUCGAUGAAUUCAUAGAAACCUGUCUGAAGGAUGAAAACAUAAUGGCCUCUAUGCAGCUCUUUGACAAUGUCAUCUAG